AUGGAAGUGAAUCCGUCUGAAGAAAUCUGGUCUUUACGCAUUUUGGCCAUGCGGAUUUCUUUACAAAAUCCGUUUUCCUUUUUCGGUAUUGAUGAGUUUGAGGGCAAACCGGACGACAACCAAUUCUUCUCCGGCGAAAUGUCCAAUCCACGGCUCCGCUUGGAGCAUCCCUUGGUGGGCUUUUGGUUAAUUUGCUCCGAGUUGUUUGAUUAUCCUUGGAUUAAUGAGUUUCUGGUGGAGUAUUACGAUGACCCGCCAUCCGCAAUUGUUGACGCAAUCAAACAAACAAGAAGUGGCAAGUCUAUCAACAAUGCUCCAAAUCGAGAAUCAGUGAAGGAACCGGAUCCGCCUCGUAUCCAAAAAAUAUACGAUCCGAUGUAUUCUAUUGAUGAACCGGGCACGGAUGUUCAACGCGAAUCCACCAGCUCCGAAGGGGACCAGGUGCAAAAUCCAAAUCGCUUUGCACCUCUACAAAGUGAUGAUGAUUGGUUUGAAGGUAGUGGAAUUCAGGACUUUGACGAGGUUGAAGUGGUGGCGGUGAAAAAGAAUGCCCCCAAGGCGCCUGAGUUGUUGGAUGAAGACACUGAAGAUGACGACAUUGACGACAGGGAGAACAUUGUGGACGACGCAAUGGAGGAAGACGAGGAUGACGAACGGGUCACUACCGCUGGGGCGAACCCACAUGAUGAGGCCAUGGUCGACAACACUCCACCGUUGACUUCUUCUAAACUUAAGGCAAAACAAGACUCAGCAGGUACAGGGACCUUUAUGGAGCCCUCGGAAUCAACUCCUUCUCGCUGGGCGAGAAGAAACUACGCACACGCAUUCGCGUCGGCUUCUCGGCUGAGGCCUCGGUCGAGGCCGUCCAAGACUAUCUUCAUACCGGCUUACGUCAAUUGGGGAGAGGCGCUGGGUGCUACCCUUCUCCCUUGCAGUAUGGAGA